GCUAGAAUGAGUACCUAGUCGGAAGGAAAUUGUAGAACCAGAGAGCGAACGGCGACCGGAGAUGCGAAGGCCAAGUCCGAAGGGAUGAUGCAAGGUCUCCAUCAUCAACAGCAGCAGCUAGCGGCGCUUAUCUCAGCUGCUCUCCCAAAAGUUGUCGAUUCUUCUUCUUCUGCUGCUUCUUCAGCCGUUCCAUCCUCUGAGGAAGACGAGACCUCCCGCUACUCCGCCAUUAACUCACUUCACCGAGCUAUUAUCUACCCUCCUCAUUCCCUUCUCAUCUCUCACUCCGCUUCAUUCCUCGCACAAAAUUUGUUUAAAGUUCUGUCUGACAAAUCAUAUUCUGUGCGUCAGGUUGCUGCUACAGCUUAUGGGGCAUUAUGUUCUGUACUGUGUUCUAUUCUCUCAUCAUCCAACGGAAGACAAAAUCAAGUCUUGUUUGGAAGUAUUGUCGACCGUUUCUUUAGCUGGGGGAUGCAACUUCUUACCAAUGUUAGUAAUGGAGAUGAGGCGGCAGAGCUUGCACUGGAGUCUCUCCGUGAGUUUCUUAAUGGUAGAGAUGUUACCGCGGUUGAAAGAUAUGCAGUUCCUGUUCUCAAAGCAUGUCAAGAACUUCUCGAGGAUGAAAGAACUUCGUGGAGUUUACUACACCGGCUUUUGAAUGUUUUGACUCUGAUAGCAUUGAAGUUCCCUAGAUGCUUUCAGCCACAUUUUGUUGACAUUGUGGAUUUACUUCUUGGAUGGGCAAUGGUACCUGAUCUAGGUGAGUCUGAUAGACAGGUUAUUAUGGAUAGCUUCUUACAAUUUCAGAACCACUGGGUGAAUAAUCUUCAGUUCUCCAUGGGAUUACUCUCAAAAUUCCUGGGUGAUAUGGACGUACUACUUCAGGAUGGAAGCCUUGGAACCUCCCCACAAUUUCAACGUUUGAUUGUGCUGUUGUACUGUUUUUGUACAGUUUUGAGGGCAACCGCUUCUGGUUUGUUAGAGAUAAGUUUACUUGAUCAGAUAAUGGAACCACUUAGCAAAAUGGUUCCUUCAUUGUUACGUUGUUUAUCCCUGGUAGGAAGGAGAUUUGGCUGGUCUAGAUGGAUUACAGAGUCUUGGAAGAGCUUGACCCUUUUGGCAGAGAUUCUAGGCCAGGAUUUUUCAUCAUUUUAUCUUCUAGCCGUUGAUGUCUUAUUCCAAAGCUUGGAAAUAGAUGAUUCAAUCCAUCUGAAGGAUGCUAGGAAGAUGACUUCAUCGCAGAUUCAUGGAGUCCUUAAAACUAAUCUUCAAUUAUUGUCCUUACAAAAGCUUGGACUCCUACCAACAUCUGUGUAUAAGAUAUUGCACUUUAGUGCACCUAUAUCUCAAUUACGCCUACAUCCAAGUCAUGUAGUUACUGCAGCUUCUGCUGCUACUUAUAUUUUCUUGUUGCAACACAGAAAUAAUGAAGUCGUUAAGCAAGCGAUGACUUCCUUAAUUGAAGAAAUGGAACUGUUGAAGAACAUCCUAGGGCAAAUCUCAUGUAGUGUAAAUAAUGAUAAUGAUGUGUUAAUUCCUAAUCCUUAUUCAAGGCCUGAGUUACUUGCAUUGAUUAAAUUUGACCUUAAAGUCAUCCUGAGUUGUGUUUCCAUGGAGGGGGCUGAUGUUUUUAUUGGCCAAGAAGAGUUUGACGAUUUAUUAUGCGAGAGGUUGGAAAGAUUAUUAUCAUUUUUUCUCCAGAAAUUAAAUCCUUUCAGAAGUCCCAUUCAGGAUUUUGUUGGAUUUCAAGUUGAUGUUAUCAAGACACUAAAUCAACUAGCUAUGAUUGAAUUCUCCACCAAGUGUUCAGCAAGGAACCAAGCAAGCUGGAAAGGUUGUGCUGGUGCUGUGUCAGAAAAACUUCAAAUGGAUGAAUAUACAAAUAACAUACUUCACAAAUUAACUUUUGAGCAUUUCAGGAAGUAUAGUCCUCUGCUUGUUAAAUCUCUUCACAGUUCUUCACCCCUGGCAGUCAAGGUUGAGGCCCUUAAGUGGAUAUGUAAAUUCUGUGAGAUUCUUACUCGGAAGGAGGAGAAUUUGAGACCCUCAGACCAUUCUUAUCUUGCAUUUCAAUAUGGUGGAUUUGCUGGAGUUUUGAUCUUUUCAGUUCUGGGCGCAGCAUCAGACAGGGAACACAAAGUAAGAGCUCUUGUUGCAUCUGUUAUUGAGUUGUUACUGCAGGCUAAACUUAUUCAUCCUUCUUACAUAAAUGCUGUUACUGAAGUGAUCCUUGAGAAACUUGGUGAUCCAGAUGAUGAUAUAAAAAAUGCAUUUAUGCGGUUGCUUGCUCAUUCAUUGACUGUUAAAAUGUAUGUCAGUGGCAUACACGAUUGUGGACUUCUAACCACACAUAGCCCAAGUGUCCUUAAAUUAAGUUGUACUCUAGACCUGAACUGGAAGCAGAUAUUUGCUCUUCGACAAUUGCCUCAACAACUUCACUCGCAACAACUUGUUUCUAUUCUGAGUUACAUUUCACAAAGAUGGAAAGUACCUCUUUCUUCAUGGAUUCAACGUAUUAUUCAAACUUGCCAGAGUUCCAAAUUGUCAUCUCAGCUUCAUCUAGAAGAGGAAGGGCAUGCUAAUUCAAAUAGCGUAGGCUUUGAAGCUAGAGUAGAGGAAAGUCUCCUUGAACAUAAAAGUUCAGUCAAUCUCCUUGCUGGAGCAUGGUGGGCCAUUCAUGAAGCAGCUAGGUACUGUAUCAGUACACGCCUUCGCACCAAUCUUGGCGGGCCUACCCAAACCUUUGCAGCACUGGAACGCAUGCUGUUAGAUGUUGCACAUGUUUUACAACUUGAUACAAAUCAAAAUGAUGGAACACUGAACAUUUUAGGUUCUUCUUAUGCUCGCUUGCUACCGAUGAGGUUAUUGUUGAACUUUGUGGAGGCUUUGAAGAAAAAUGUAUUCAACGCUUAUGAUGGUUCCAGCGUCUUACCGUGCCCUUCAAAGCAGAGUUCACUGUUCUUUCGAGCAAAUCGAAAAGUCUGUGAGGAGUGGUUUUCCCGCAUAUGCGAACCAAUGAUGAAUGCUGGACUAGCCCUCCAGUGCCAUCAUGCUACAAUUUGUUAUUCCGCUUUGAGAUUGCAGGAUCUGAGCAAUCUUGUGGUUUCAGCUAAGGACAACCACAGGGCUCAAGUCUCAGAAAACCCUCAUAACUUUAGGGGAAGAUUUCUGAAAGAUAUCUUAAGGGUUGUACAACAUAUGGCUCUGGCUUUGUGCAAGAGUCAUGAUACAGAGGCCUUAACUGGCCUGGAGAAGUGGGUUACCACGACAUUCUCUUCUUUGACAAUAGAUGAAAAUCAUGCUUCCUACAAUGAGGAGUUUUCUGGAUAUUUCUCAUGGAUUACCGGUUUGGUAUAUCAGGCAUCUGGACAGUAUGAGAAGGCUGCUGCUUAUUUCUCUCACUUACUACAGACAGAGGAUUCAUUGAAUGCAAUGGGGUCUGAAGGUGUCCACUUUGUCAUUGCUCGCAUUAUUGAGAGUUAUGCUGCAGUUUCUGAUUGGAAGUCUUUGGACUCCUGGCUAUUGGAGCUGCAAACACUUCGUGCUAAGCAUGCUGGGAAGAGUUACUCUGGUGCACUAACAACAGCUGGAAAUGAAAUUAACGCAAUUCAUGCUUGGGCGCGCUUUGAUGAAAAUGAUUAUCAAGCAGCUUGGGCAUUCCUAGAUUUGACACCUAAAAGUAGCAAUGAGCUUGCUCUUGAUCCUAAAUUAGCGCUGCAAAGAAGUGAACAGAUGCUUUUACAAGCAUUGUUGCUUCAAACUGAGGGGUCAGGGGACAAGGUUUUCCAUGACUUACAGAAGGCAAAAUUAAUGCUGCAGGAGACACUGUCCAUUUUGCCACUUGAUGGGUUAGCUGAAGCAGCAGAGUAUGCCACCCAGUUGCAUUGUAUUUCUGCAAUUGAGGAAAGUUGCAAGGUAGAAGGCAGCCUAGAGAGGCAACCUCAGUCAUUGUUAAGUUCCUAUAUUCAAGUAGAGCAGUCUCAAAUUGGACGAUUUCAUCAAGACCUUAGUCUCUGGCUGAAAAUAUUCCGUGUUUAUCAAAAUAUCUACUCAACUUCACCAGUGACUCUAAAGCUCUGUGUUAACUUACUAAGUAUAGCCCGUAAACAGAAAAACCUUGCUUUGGCAAAUCGUCUAAACAUCUACCUCAGAGAUAAUGCUACAAAUUUUCCGGAGGAAAGGUGCCGUAAUUCACUAAUCUCAAAUUGGCAGUAUGAACAUGCACUGUUGAUGCAUGCUGAAAACAACAUUCGUGAAGCUUUCUCAAGUCUCUGGUCAUUCUUGUGCCCUUUCAUCACCAACUCUUCAAGUAUUGCUACAAAUUCGGAUAAUAAUGUUCUGAAGGCAAAGGGCUGCCUGAAGCUCUCCAGUUGGUUGAAAAGAGAUCAUAUUGUUACUGAUUUGGAGGAUAUUGUCACAGAAAUGCUAGUCGAUUUUAACAUAACCAAUGUUGCUUCAAUUUACAGAGAGAAUCCUAGAUUAGGCGACGAUUCCUUGAACUCCAAAGGAAGAUUGGAUCUUAUAGUUGAUGAGCUAGUUGGUACAGCCACAAAGUGGUCCACUCGUCUCUGCCCAACUAUGGGCAAGUCAUGGGUUACUUAUGCAUCCUGGUGUUACAAUCAAGCCAGAAAUGCUCUUUUUGGUUCACAAGAUAGAGCACUUCAUUCAUGUUCAUUUUCUCCAAUUCUUACCCCUGAUUUUGUAGCUGAAAGGUUUAAGCUGACAGAAGAAGAAAUAUCAAGAGUGAGAUCUAUUAUCUGGCAGCUUCUUCAGCAACAUAAUGAUAUAAAUUGCUUGGGUGAGGACAAAAUGGAAUAUAAUCUCCAUGCUGAAUUCCCUAAACAUUUGAGCAAUGAGAACUAUGUGAAUGAUUUGGUCAGGCAAGUAAAGGAUACAAUUGAAGCAGUUGCUCGAGCGCCUGGUGCAGAAAAUAUGAAUGGUGAAAGCCUUUCUACCAUGUUAAAUUCAAAGUUCCGACAAUAUAUUCUCAAUGCACUUACUGGCCUGGAAGAAUCAGCUAUACAAGUUUCUGUUGAUGAGUUGGUGAACAUUUGGUGGUCUUUGAGAAGAAGAAAUGUUCAUCUUUUUGGGGUUGCUGCUCAAGCUUUUAUUAAUUAUCUCUCUUAUUCAUCAUUAGACUCAAUUAGUGACUGCUGGGUUGCAUCUGAUUGUGAUUCUCUGGACGGGAAAAGCAUAAGCUAUACUUUGAGGGCUACAUUAUACAUCUUACAUAUUCUACUCAACUUUGGUGUGGAGUUGAAAGAGAUGCUUGAACCUGCACUUUCUGAAGUUCCUUUGCCACCGUGGCAGGACUUAACGCCUCAGUUGUUCGCACGGUUAAGUUCCCAUCUUGAACCAGUAGUUCGGAAACAACUAGAAGGCUUAUUGAUUAGGCUUGCAAGGCUAUCACCCUGGUCCAUUGUGUACCCAACACUUGUUGAUAUGAAUGCUUAUGAAGAGAAACCAUCAGAGGAGCUUCAGCAUGUAUUAGCUUGUCUGCAUAAGCUCUACCCAAGACUAGUCCAGGAUGUUCAGCUCAUGAUAAAAGAGCUAGAAAAUGUUACUGUACUUUGGGAGGAACUAUGGCUUAGCACACUUCAGGAUCUUCAUGGAGAUGUAACAAGACGCAUUAGUUUGUUGAAAGAAGAGGCUACACGAAUUGCAGAGAGCACUACACUUAGUUAUAGUGAGAAGAAUAAGAUAAAUGCUGCAAAAUAUUCGGCCAUGAUGGCUCCUAUAGUGGUAGCCCUAGAGCGUCGCUUGGCUUCUACUUCAAGGAAACCUGAAACACCUCAUGAGAUAUGGUUCCAUAAUGAGUACUGGCAACUACUUGAAUCGGCCAUUUCAAACUUCAAGACUCCUCCAGCAUCAGCAGCAACACUUGGUGAUGUAUGGAGGCCAUUUGAAAACAUUGCAGCCUGUUUGGUAUCUUAUCAAAGGAAAUCCUCAAUAUCUGUGGGGGAAGUUGCACCUCAAUUAUCGGAGCUAUCAUCUUGUGAUGUUCCCAUGCCUGGUCUUGAGAAGCAAAUAUCAAUAUUUGAAUCUGUUGACAGUGCCAUUCCUAAGACCCAUGGAAUUGUCACCAUCUCUUCUUUCUCUCAAGAAAUCACCAUCUUACCUACUAAAACAAAACCGAAGAAACUUGUUAUGCUGGGCUCAGAUGGUAAUAAAUAUACCUAUCUCUUGAAAGGACGGGAAGACUUACGUCUUGAUGCUAGAAUCAUGCAACUAUUGCAGGCUAUUAAUGGUCUGCUGCAUUCUGGUCAUGCAACCCGUGAUCAGUCCCUUUCUAUACGAUAUUAUUCUGUUACACCAAUAAGUGGUCGAGCUGGCCUUAUCCAGUGGGUGGAGAAUGUUGUGAGCAUAUAUAGUAUCUUCAAAUCAUGGCAGAAUCGUGUUCAGCUGGCACAGAUGCAAAUGCUGGGUUCCGAUUGCACAAAAAGUUCAGUUCCACCACCGGUUCCUCGUCCUAGUGAUAUGUUUUAUGGUAAAAUUAUUCCGGCACUUAAAGAGAAAGGCAUAAGAAAAGUGAUAUCACGAAGAGACUGGCCUCAUGAUGUGAAGAGGAAAGUCCUUUUGGAUCUUAUGAAAGAGGCUCCUAGAGAACUCCUCCAUCAGGAGCUUUGGUGUGCUAGUGAAGGUUUUAAAGCUUUCAGCUCAAAGUCGAAAAGGUACUCCCGUACUGUUGCUACCAUGAGCAUGGUUGGGCAUAUCUUGGGUCUUGGUGACAGACAUUUGGAUAAUAUUCUGAUAGACUUUUCCAGUGGGGAUAUUGUGCACAUUGAUUACAAUGUGUGCUUUGAUAAAGGGCAUCGGUUAAAGAUUCCUGAAAUUGUCCCCUUUCGUUUGACGCAAGCAAUUGAAGCAGCGUUAGGGUUAACUGGGACUGAAGGUACUUUCAGAGCAAGUUGUGAGGCAGUUCUGGGUGUUUUAAGGAAGAACAAAGACAUAAUUUUGAUGUUGUUGGAGGUUUUUGUAUGGGAUCCAUUAGUGGAAUGGACACGUGGGGAUUUCCACGAUGAUGCUGCAAUUGUUGGUGAAGAAAGAAAGGGCAUGGAGCUGGCUGUUAGCUUAAGCCUAUUUGCUUCCCGCGUGCAAGAGAUUCGUGUCCCAUUGCAGGAACAUCAUGAUCUUUUCCUUGGUACUAUGCCGACUGUUGAAUCUGCACUUGAGAGGUUUGAAGGCAUCCUAAGUCAAUAUGAGCUUGUCUAUGCUCUUUUUCAUCAUGCUGAUCUUGACAUGUCUAACGUUGUCUUGACUGAGACAUCUGCAAGAUCUAUUGUUGCUGAAGCAACUACUACCUCGGAGAAAACCUGUGCCAAAUUUGAAAUUCAAGCUCGAGAAUUUUCUCAAGCAAAGGCUAUUGUAGCUGAGAGAGGUCACAAUGCAACAAGUUGGGUAGAGCAGCAUGGAAGAAUCCUUGAUGCUUUAAGAAGCAACUCAGCUCCUGAAAUUACAGCCCAAGUGAAUCUGGCUACUUCUGACGAAGUUAUUUCUCUUACUUCUGCUGUUCUUGCAGCUGGUGUUCCACUGACUAUUGUUCCUGAACCCACACAAGCUCAGUGCAAUGAUAUAGAUACCGAGGUUUUGCAGCUGAUAACUGACAUGGAUAAUGGACUUUCUUCAACAAUAAAGUCACUUCAAGCAUAUUCUUUAGCUUUGCAACGAAUCCUACCACUAAAUUACAUCACAACCACCCCGAUGCACGCUUGGGCACAGAUGCUGCAACUUUCAGUAAAUAAUAUCUCCUCUGAUAUCUUAUCACUCACCAGAAGACAGGCUGCUGACCUUAUUGCAAAGGGGGAUGGAGAUGGAUUUGAUUCUAGAAAGCAUACCUAUGAUGAUUUAUGCCUUCUGGUUGAGAAGUAUGCAGAAGAGAUAGAGAAAGUUGAAAGUGAGCAUGCUGAACUGGUAAACUCAAUUGGCUCCGAGUCAGAAUCCAAAGCUAAAGAUCGCCUCAUUUCAGCAUUCAAGAAGUAUAUGCAGUCAAUGGGUGUUCCAAGGAAAGAAGAUGCCGCCUCUACUUAUUUAGGAGCAGUCAAACUUGAUGCUGCAAGAGAUACUGGAUUUCAAGGUGAGGUUGAGGACAAGAAAGAGAAGGUUUUUUCUGUCUUUUAUAUAGCUGUAAAUCUUAUAUAUGAGGAGGUGAAGCAUAGAGUUGCUGACAUAUUAGCUUCUUCAAGUGUGAUCAGUAAUAGAGAUAAUAUUUUGAAGACUGAUUUUGGAACUAUCAUUUGUGAGUUCGAAGAGCAGAUUGAAAAGUGCAUACUUCUAGAGGGUUUUGUUAGCGAUCUUCAGCAGUAUAUGGAUGGCAAUACUUCUUCAGUUGAAACAAAUGAGCAUGCUAAUCUUUCAAUCCAAAAGAGUUGGGCCUCCACUUUCAGAUAUGCUUUACUUUCUUGUAAGAACUUGGCUGGCCAAAUGAUUGAUGUUGCACUUCCCCAAGUGCUGAAAUCUAUUGUUUCAUUUAGUUCAGAGAUUAUGGAUGCAUUUGGAUCUCUUUCUCAGGUUAAGGGCUCCAUUGAUACUGCUUUAGAGCAGCUUCUUGAAGUUGAAUUGGAGAGAGCAUCCUUGGUAAAGCUGGAAAUGAAUUAUUUUGUAAACGUAGGCCUCAUUUCUGAGAAGAAAUUGACUCUUGAAGAAGCUGCUAUGCAGGGCAGAGAUCAUCUUUCUUGGGAAGAAGCAGAAGAACUUGCAUCACAAGAGGAGGCAUGUAGAGAACAGCUGGACAAACUCCACCAAGCUUGGACUCAAAAGGACUUGCAGACCUCAUCUCUUGUAAAUAGAGAAACUGCUAUUAAAAGUGCUUUGAUUUCCUCUGAAAAGUUUCUUAAUUAUUUGCUUGCUGCUGAACAAGAGAGGGAGCAACAAUUGGUAAAUCACAAAUCAUCUCUUUCUGCACUUGUCCAGCCAUUUUCUGAGUUGGAAUCAAUUGAUAAUACAUUGUUUUCGGGCUUAGAAUCUUUUAUAUCUUCCACGUUGGAGAUUUCUUAUGCUUCAGAGUUGAUGAACUCUGGUUCCCCAGUUUCUGAACACAUCUGGAAGUUUCCAAGCUUACCGAACAAAUCUGCUUUCUUUGUUUGGAAAGUUGGCAUUAUAGACUCCUUCCUUGAUGCAUGCAUACAAGAGGCAGCUUCAUUUAUAGACCAAAACUUAGGAUUUGACCAGCUCCUCAAUAUUGUAAAGACAAAGCUUCAAUUCCAAUUUCAAGAGCGAAUUCACAAAUAUAUUAAAGAACGACUGGGUCCCUUUUUAUUGGCUAGAUUGGACAAAGAAAAUGAAAUCUUGAGGCACAUGACAGAUACAACGAGGGAAUCUGCUCUUGAUCUAGCCAAAAAUGAUUCUGGUCAUGUGAAGAGAGUGCAGCUGAUGCUGAAGGAGUACUGUAAUGCACAUGAAGCUAUCAGAGCAGCCAGGUCAGCUGCUUCCCUCUUGAAUAAGAAAGCUUAUGAUCUCAAAGAGUCUCUUCGUAAGACAAGUGUGGAGAUUGUUCAGAUGGAUUGGAUGCAUGAUGUUUCUCCAAACCCCUUGCACAGUGUCAGACUAAUAUGUCACAAGUAUCUUGCAAGUGAUGACCAUUUACUUCCAGCUAUUCUAAAUCUCAGCAGACCUAAACUACUAGAAAACAUGCAAUCUUCAGUGUCAAAAAUAGCCAGGUCAAUGGAGCGCCUGCAAGCUGUUGAACAAAACUCUGUCACAGCAGAAGGGCAGCUUGAGAGAGCAAUGGGGUGGGCCUGUGGUGGUCCAAACUCGAACAUGAUUGGAAAUGCCUUGGCAAGGAACUUGGGAAUACCUACUGAGUUCCAUAAUCAUUUGACAAGAAGACAGAAAUUCUUGCAGGAAGCUCGAGAAAAGGCAUCAGCUAUUGUUGGAGUUUCAAUAUCAAUAUUGGAAUUUGAAGCAUCAAGAGAUGGGAUUUUUAGAACAUUGGGAGACCCUUACAUAGCUGGUUCUGAUGGUAAGAUAUGGCAGCAAACUUACCUGAAUUCAUUAACAAGACUGGAUGCCGCUUACCAUUCUUUCAAGUGUGCUGAACAAGAGUGGAGGCUCGCACAGAGCAAAAUGGAAGUUGCUUCAAAUAGCUUGUUUUCUGCUUCUAAUGAACUACGUGUCACUUCUCUCAAGGCAAAAUCAGCAUCAGGUGAUUUGCAAAGUACUCUUUUUGCAAUGAGAGAUUGUGCUUAUGAAGUCAGUGUUGCACUAUCUGCUUUUGGCCGUCUUACUAGAAAUCACUCAGCUUUGACUUCUGAAUGUGGUUCCAUGCUUGACGAGGUUCUGGCAAUAACUGAAGGCCUGCAUGAUGUCUACAGUUUGGGAAAGGAUGCAGCGGCAGUACACAAUUCACUCAUGAAAGACCUUUCAAAGGCAAAUGCAAUCUUACUUCCACUUGAAUCCAUAUUGUCUAAGGACGUUGAUGCUAUGACAGAUGCCAUGGCCAAGGAAAGAGAAACCAAAAUGGAGAUUUCUCCGAUACAUGGUCAAGCCAUAUAUCAGUCUUAUAAUUUGAGGAUCAAGGAGGCUAGCCGAGCCCUUAAAUCCUUGUUGCCAUCCCUCACGACUUCUAUUAAGGGACUCCUUUCCAUGAUGAUUAGGCUGGCUCGAACUGCAAGUCUUCAUGCAGGAAAUCUUCACAAAGCUCUUGAAGGUCUUGGAGAAAGCCAGGAAGGAAGGUCCCAGGAUAUUAAUCUAAGGCUAGAUAUAACGAGUCAUGAAAGUGAUGAUGGGAAGAAGAAUCAGGAGAUUCUAACUAAGUUUGACCAGGAAAAUGGCAAUAUAUCUGUUGGAAUUUCUAGAGUUUCAUUGCACGAUAAAGAAUGGUUAUCUCCUCCAGAUAGCAUUGGCAGUAGUAGUAGUUCAGAUUCUGGUGCUGAUCCAACAGUAGCAAGUUUUGGAAAUAGCUUUACUGAUUUCAGAGAGAUUGAACAACAUGAAGAUGGUCCUAGCGCCACUCAAUUUGAUGAACCUGAUGAUCAAUUAGAGUCUAGCAAAACUGAUUCCGGUGAGAAUUUAAAGCUGGGAACUAAUAUUACAUCUGCAUUAGGUCAUACUUCCAUUUCCCAAUCACCCAGCCAGGAGAACGUGCAAAUUACCGUUUCACCUGAAGAUAAAGCAUCUUCAGUUAUCCAUCAAAAAAUUCCACACAGAUCCCAGGAUACUCUUCCAACUGAUACUGGAUUUCGAACAAGAGGAAAAAAUGCGUAUGCAGUCUCUGUUUUGAAGCAAGUUGAGAUGAAAUUAGAUGGCCGGGGUAUAGCUGACAACAGAGAAACAAGUAUUGCCGAGCAAGUGGAUUAUCUAGUGAAGCAAGCAACAAGCAUAGAUAAUCUUUGUAACAUGUAUGAAGGGUGGACACCAUGGAUUUGAUUGAACCUGCAUCUCUAUCUUGUUGUGAUUCUUCUUCUUCCACUGGAAUCAUCGUCCAGAUGUCUGAUGAUUGUCUCAGUUCCAUUGAGAUAUUUGUUCUUAAUCAAAUGUGAAAUUGGAUAUUCCAAGAAUCAAAGGGAGAAGAAGAAGAAAGAAAAGCCGAAUGCCAUGAAGUGCAGAUAUAUGGACACGAUCAAAGCCUGAUAUGAAGAAGAGACAGAGACAGCCAAGGGCGGUUGCUUUUAAGAUUGGCAUUUUUCCAUGUAAUGUCCUCCAGCUCAUCAAGCCAGAACAUGUGUGGGCUCGAUCCACAGAAAGGACAACAUCGAACUGUGAGGAAAUCCAACCUGGGGAAUGAGAAGUUGUUAAUAUCGGAACUCCACAUUAUCUGAUUUGCUUUAUUUAGUAUAUAUAUAUCCUUCUUGUAAGAAAUCUGUGAGAAUUUGGUUUAUUUCCUGCAUAUGUCUUCUUCUUUCUCUACAAAUUAUUUUGGUUUUUUAAUCUAUUGCAUCUCCUCCUCCAGGUUAUUGAACAUAAUUGAUACAAGUGAUGUUGUAGGAAUUGAUCUUUAACAAAUUAAGGUAGUUAGGAUUGUUUUCAAGCAAUGUUUGAAUUAUUCUUUGUAUGUAGAUCUAAUAAUAUAAUGUCAUGUGUUCUCAAUU